CAUACUGAUUUUAAAAUCUUUACCCUCCGCUUGUGAUCAAGAAGUACAAAAAAUAGACCUAGACAGAAGAGCAUACUCGCUCAUGCUCACCCCCAAAAUAACCACUAAUCCAGCAGUUUUGGAAGUGAAACAGGCGGCCGGGCGCUAAAAAUUUUUUUUCUGGAAAGGAGGAGCUAAAAUAAUUAUGACCCUGCCCACUUUGUAGUUACUCAUUCAUCACACGUGAAAUGCCCAGGUCUCCUAGAAGCUCUAGAUCAAGGAGUCCUCCUUCUCCUCCUGUGAAGAAAUCCAAAAAGAAGAAGAAGAGCAAGAGCCCAAGAAGAAGAUCCAGAGACAGGUCUCCCAAUAAAAAGAGCAGUAGGAGGGACAGGGGGAGGAGCAGGUCCAGAAGCAGGAGCAGGAGUAGAGACAGAUUUGGACGUAAUAUUAGCAAGCGUAUAGAAAGGGAGAGGGAGAGAGCCGAAGAUCAAGAGAAGAGAAGAAAAGUUGAGGAAGAGAAACGUAUCGACGAGGAAAGGCAAAGAAGAAAGCGACAGGAGGAGCUAGAGUCAAAACUAAUUGAGGAAGAGACGACAAAAAGAGUUGAAGAGCUCGUGGCCAUGAGAGUCGAGGAAGAGCUAAGAAAGAGGAAGGACGAGAUUGAGGCUGAGGUACUCCGACGUGUCGAAGAAGUAAAGCAGAACAUGGAGAAGCAGAUGCUGGAAGAGCUUGAGAGAAAGAGAGCGAUCCAAGAGGCGGAAGAAGAAAGGAAAAAGGAAGAGAAAGAGGCAGAACAGAGAAAGCUUGAAUCAAUAAUGGAGGAAAACAAUAAGAAGAUCCUUGAGGCACAGCAAAAAUUGCUUAGCAAGCUAGCUGUCUUCGAUGAGCUAUGUCACAUGCUUGUCAUGUGACGGGUGUGUGGGUAAGGAAGUGUUUGAGAUUGUAAAUGUUGUGUAAGUAAUUAAUAGUCCUUCCAAUUAGCGGGUAAGGGUGUAUGGGUAUACUUAUUUGUUGCUUUUUUGGUUUUGUAGGAUGAGGAGAGACUCCAGAUGAUAGAGCAAAGGAGGAAGAUAGAGGAGGAGAGGAGAGAGCUAGAAAUGGCACAGAGGAAGGCAGAGAAGUU